AAGUAGGGAAAGAGUGUUAUCCUUAUUAUCUAAACUGAGUGAGCGAGGGAGUGAGUGAAGAAGCCCCAAUUCCAAUCCUCACAAGCCAUGUCUCCAGGUCCCGUUGUUGAUGCUUCCCCUGAGGUCGAUGCCGAGCAACAAGUUCCCUCUGUUGAUGACACUACCCACAAGAAGAAAUCUCAACCCCAGGAAGACGAUGCUCCCGUUGUUGAGGACGUCAAGGAUGAUGACAAGGACGAAGCGGAUGAGGAUGACGACGACGACGACGACGAUGAAGAUGACAAGGAUGAUGGCGCUCAAGGUGCUACUGAGGGUUCAAAGCAAAGCAGAAGUGAGAAGAAGAGUCGAAAAGCUAUGUUGAAGCUGGGGCUAAAACCUGUUACUGGCGUCAGUAGGGUCACGAUAAAAAGAACAAAAAAUAUUCUCUUUUUCAUCUCAAAACCUGAUGUCUUCAAGAGUCCAAAUUCUGAGACCUAUGUCAUAUUUGGGGAGGCAAAAAUAGAGGACUUGAGCUCGCAGUUGCAGACGCAGGCUGCUCAACAGUUCAGGAUGCCAGAUAUGGGAUCUGUGAUGGCAAAACAAGAUCAAGAUGCUGCAGCUGCAGGAGCACAGCCUGAAGAAGAGGAGGAGGUUGAUGAAACUGGCGUUGAGCUCCAUGACAUUGAUUUGGUGAUGACACAGGCAGGAGUGUCAAGAAGCAAGGCCGUCAAGGCUCUCAAGACUCACAACGGGGAUAUUGUUGGUGCCAUCAUGGAGCUCACUACUUAAUUAUUAGGCUUUUAUGUUCUAUUUGUAUGCUUUUUCCGGAAUGAUGUUAGAACUAGUGCGUCUUUAAGUAAACUGAAUCAACAUAUCGACCGUUAAAUGCUUGGGUUAUCUUCUACUUC